AUGGUGCAACAAGUCGUCGAAAACCCGGACUCCGAGGACUCCGAGGACAAGAAAGACAAGAAAAUCAUCCCGCUCGACGCGGACGACAUCGCUUUGUUGAAAACGUACGGCGUUGGACCGUACGGGACGUUGAUAAAAAAUCUGGAAACCGAUUUGGUGUCCUGCGUGUCUCGCGUGGAAAAGUUGUGCGGGAUAAAAGAGUCGGACACUGGGUUGGCGCCACCGUCGAGAUGGGAUUUAACCGCGGAUAAGCAAGCGACGCAAGAGGAGCAUCCGUUGCAAGUGGCGAGGUGCACGAAGAUAAUCAACCCGGGGACGACGGACGCGCAGUACGUCAUCAACGUGAAACAGAUCGCGAAGUUUGUGGUUGGUUUGGGGCAACACGUGGCGCCGACGGACAUCGAGGAAGGGAUGCGAGUUGGCGUGGAUAGGACAAAAUAUAGCAUACAAAUUCCACUUCCGCCGAAGAUUGAUCCGAGCGUGACGAUGAUGACGGUGGAGGAGAAACCGGACGUGACGUACGCAGACGUCGGCGGGAAUAAAGAUCAGAUUGAAAAGUUAAGAGAAGUCGUGGAGUUGCCGUUGCUGCAUCCGGAGAAGUUCGUUACGCUAGGGAUUGACCCUCCGAAAGGGAUUUUGUGUUACGGGCCUCCUGGGACUGGGAAGACGUUGUUAGCGAGAGCGGUGGCGAAUAGGACGGACGCGUGUUUUAUACGCGUGAUUGGUUCAGAGUUGGUGCAGAAAUACGUCGGCGAAGGCGCGAGGUUGGUCCGAGAGUUGUUUCAAAUGGCCAGGAGUAAAAAAGCGUGCUUGAUUUUCUUCGACGAAGUCGAUGCAAUUGGCGGUGCGAGAUUUGACGACGGCCAAGGUGGAGAUAACGAGGUGCAAAGGACGAUGUUGGAAAUUGUGAAUCAGUUGGACGGGUUCGACGCGAGAGGGAACAUUAAAGUUUUAAUGGCUACAAACAGACCAGAUACGUUAGAUCCCGCGUUAUUGAGACCGGGUAGAUUGGAUAGAAAAGUUGAGUUUGGGUUGCCGGAUUUAGAAGGUAGGACGCAGAUUUUUAAGAUUCACACUCGAUCGAUGGCUGUGGAAAGAGACAUUCGAUUCGAGUUGUUGAGUCGAUUGUGUCCGAACAGCACCGGCGCAGAAAUCCACAGCGUCUGCACCGAAGCCGGCAUGUUUGCCAUUCGACAGAGAAGGAAAACCGUCAGCGAAAAAGAUUUCUUAGACGCCGUGAACAAAGUCAUCAAAGGCUUCAAAAAGUUUAGCAGUACGGCGAAAUACAUGCAGUAUCAAUAA